AUGUCCGUCAACGCCGCGACCGUCGCGCGCCCCACCGCGGGGCUCGCCUCCGUCCCCGUCGCCCCCCGCGCGUCCGCGCGUCGGCCCGUCGCCUGCGCGACCGCGCGCGGGGGCGCCGCUUCCACCUCCUCCGGAUGGUCCGCAUCGUCCUCGAGCCGCAACCUCGCGCAGCGCCGCUCGGGAGCGGCGGGGCGCGACGGCGCCGCGGUCCUCGCGGUGAGGGCGCGCUCGCCGAUCGCCAUCGCGCGUCGCCGCCGCUUCGUCCAGACCAACGCGAGCCUCUUCGGCGUGGGCGCUCCCGAGGCGCUCGUCAUCGGCGUCGUCGCGCUCCUCGUGUUCGGACCCAAAGGACUCGCAGACAUCGCGAAGCAGCUCGGCCAGACGUUGCGCGCGUUCCAACCCACGAUCCGGGAGCUCCAGGAGGUGAGCCGGGAGUUUAAAGAGACGCUGGAGGAUGAGAUCGGCCUCGACGAGAUUCGCAACGACAUCGCGCAAGUCGCCGCGCCCGUCCCGACCAAGCGCCAAGCGCCGCCCCCGGGUACAACUCCGGAGGCUUCGGCACCCGGGACGCCCGGGCCGACGGACCAGUCGACGGACACGGUGACGGAGGAGAUGAGGGCGGCGGCGGCGGCGGCGGCGUGGGGCGGGGACGAGCCCGUCGCGGUCGCGGGCCCCGACGACGUCGCGACCGACGCCGACGCCAAAGAGACGGCUGCGAAUGGCGAUGUUCCCGGAGAGCUCGCCGCGCCGGAGGGUACCGGCGCCGCGCCGACCGCGGGGGAGGAGAGCGUCCAGGCGUGAUGAGAGAGAGCGAGGCGACGGCGGCGGCGCGGGGAUACGCCCGCCCGUCGUCCGUUUAUCGAUUAUUCAUUGACUUUCAUGUCCGAAAA